UCAACGUUGACUUUCCUUUCAAGUCUGUUGGAGUGGACUAUGCGGGCCCUUUCUUCAUUCUAAAUCGUAAAGGACGCGGUGCUAGAGUAGUUAAGUGCUACUUAUGUUUGUUUGUGUGUCUGCGCUUCAAAUGCAUUCACUUAGAGGUCUUAUCUGAUUUGACAAAAGACGCUUAUAUUAUGACACUUCGCAGAUUUGUGGCACGCCGUGGAAAGCCAACCGAAAUAUUUUCCGACAACGGUAAAAAUUUUGUUGCUGCCGCGAAAGAACUAAAUAAUUUCUAAAGGCUAAUCAAGAACCUCUGUCUGAGUUUGCUGCUCAGGAGGGAAUAAAAUUUUCUUUUAUCCCCGCUUUCCCUCCUCACUUUGGUGGAAUAUGGGAGGCCGGGGUUAAGUCCGCUAAAUAUCAUAUAAAGCGAGUCAUGGGCAAUACCCAUCUUACGUUUGAAGAACUUUCGACAUUGUUUGCUCAAGUUGAGGCUAUUCUCAAUAGCCGUCCUCUAUGUCCCAUGUCAUCUUCCCCGAAUGACUUCCUAUCCUUGUCCCCAGGGCACUUUUUAAUUGGAAGACCAUUGAAUGCACUACCGGCUCCUUCAUUGGAUGACGCUAAAGAGAGCUCCCUGGAUAGAUAUGGCAGACUUGAACAAAUCCGCCAACACUUCUGGAAGAGAUGGCAGAAAGAGUAUAUAUCAGAAAUGCAACUACGAACAAAAUGGAAGGUUGACAAAUCAAAAAUAAACAUUGGAGACCUCGUACUGCUUCAAGAGGAUAAUUCUCCACCACUUUGUUGGCGCAUGGGUCGUAUUGUACGCUUAUUCCAUGGAACUGACGGCGUUUGUCGAGUUGCGGACGUCGAAACUACAAGAGGCUGCGUUCGAAGACCUUUGGUUCGACUAUGUCCUCUGCCCACUUCUGAAGACCUUCAAGCUUGAAAAUCUACGCUU